AUGUGUCAUCAAGCUGACGAUACAGGAACAGCAGGCGAAACUACCUCGAUAGUCUGCGCACUCCCCUCGCCUGACCACCACAAGACCCUGACUGUGACGUCUGCAGUCGUCUCCGCCCCUCCAAUGGCUCCUCGAAGAGCGCAGUCCGAAUUUAGCGAGGAUGGCAGUCACUUUGACAUGGAAGAGGAUAGCGAUGCCGGAAAAUCAACAAGGAAGCGUGUCAAUGGCAAAGCCAAGGCCGGCGGGGCUAGCGGUAGCAAAGAAUCCAGGACGGCCCAGAACAGACAAGCCCAGAGAGAGUUUCGUCAGCGCAAGGCAGCCUAUCUCAAAGAUCUCGAGCUCCAGAUCUCGGUCCUUUCGAGCUCGAGAGAUGACCAGCUUACGAUGCUGCGGACCGCUUGCCGAGCGCUGGCUGACGAGAACAAGUCGCUACGAGACUUGGUCGCCAGCUUGACAGCGUUCCUUGGUCGCGACCUCGGCGGCUGUGUCACCCCCGAGCAACGUAUGUUCAUCGACAAGGAGCUCAAUCGUACAGAGUCAGACGUCGUCCACGAAGCUCUAGGCCAUGUCAAGCCUACCGCACCAACAUCGCACCCGACCGACGCGAGAGCCUCGACUUCAACAUCUGAGACCAAUGGCCUCCCGGCCAAUGCUUUCACUCGACCAGAUCAACCAGCAUCUUCACCGUCUAUGAGACGCGGUCAAGAACAGCCUGGCGCCGAACCCUUUCUCAUCCAUGCUAGCAAGCCCGUCUAUCAACCUGCAGCAUUUGCUGGUCUGCCUGCCCCUCCUACGCAACAGUCUACUGCCGAUAUUCGCGAUUUGCAAGGCGCAGAGGCACUAGCUCAGCUCGGUGCCCCUCGCUCUCGAUCCUCAUCGGGCCUUCAGAGCACUUCACCGAUCAUCAACACCUGGAGCUCGACUGCCUCUCAGUCUACAGCGGUAGAAUCACCCGAGGGCUCCACAGACUUGGACAAGAUAUGUCAAUUCGCUGCCGGAGAUGCAAAGCUCGAAGCCUUCCAGCUCAUCUGCUAUCAUCUUGAGAACCGCAAGAAGGAUCCAAGUUAUCACUUGCCACCCACGCUACGUCCUACCUCGCUUCAAUGUACUGUCUCGCACGAUCAGUGUAUCGACGGCCUUCUCUGGCCCAAUCUACGUGAUGCCCUGAUCACAAAGAAGGCAGAGAUCAACCUCUAUCCCUUUUUAAGCGAUCUCGUCAAAGAAUCCGUCAUACAUCAAGAGAAUUGCCUGGAUCCGAAUAACUGGGAAAUGUCGGAACGCUUCAUGCGCAAAUAUGCCUUUCUCAUGGACCAGACCAUGCUGGACAUACACAACCAUUGGCGAAGGAGUCGGGGCCAGGAUUCCCUCACCCUCGUGGAGCUUCGUACACCGCCUUAG